GUCUUUUUUUUCCUUAGAAGAUAAAUUGAGUUUCUCAAUAACAAUGUUGUUCCAAGAGUCCUGACUUACAAUCCAUGUGCAAAUUUUGGAAAUUCAGGCCAUCACUUGUACACACUUAGUGUGUUUCAGCCACACACACAAACCCCACCUUCCACAGCAGGAAUCAGUCAAAAAUUCUCAUGGGCACUUGGAGCAGAUUUGAUGCAGAGCCUGUAACAGACUUCUUUGAGUAAAGUUAUUUGGUAUUGCCUAAAUUGCUGUUAAAAUGUUAACUCAGCUGCACUGAACUUUGGUCAUUUACAGUUCUAGUUACCUUGGCUUGAAACCCAAACUUUGUGCAGUUAAUAAAAAAGAUUAAUUAUAAUUAGAGCUGGUUCACUGAGGUGGUUAAGUUUGAUAGGUGAUCUUUUAAAAAAUUUCAAAUAAUUCAAAGUCAGUGCUGCAGUAAAAGUGUGUAAAUAGGCAAAGGCACUGGAACUUUUGUGUAGUAAAACUUCCCACAGUGGGUGCUCAGCAGCCACUGAAAACAAGAAUUUUUAAAUUUCAUUGACAUCUGCCCUUCUUGUGUGUAUUAGUCAGUGCAGGUCUGAAAAGCUCAAAAGUUCAGGAGUUAACUCAGCCUACAGAAAUUUGAGUGAGGAAGAGUUCAAAUGGCCUAGCAAUUAGGAGUACACUAGGUCUGGCCCUAAAAAUACAGGAUUUGGGUUUUGACCUGAGAAAUCAGUGUUAAUUAUAAGAAUACUUAAAUCUUUGUAUUGUCAGAUCACUUGCAAAAAAACAGAACAGUUUGCAUUGUUUUCAGGAUGAAACACACACAUUCUUUUCUGCAAACUGAGGUUUAAAGCAUUUUAUGUAGUGCCUUUACAUUCAGGAUUUUUGUGCCUCUCUUUUUCUUACUUUAAUUUAAAUGUGAGAGUUGCAGCAUUCCUAGCAAUAGGCUGAGAAAACUUGUUUAAAAAUGGUCAUUCAGUUAUAAUCAACUGUGUCUCAAAUCAGAUAUAAAAUUACAUUUUCAGACAAGUUUACUGGCCCACAUAAAACUCUCAGAUGAUUAAUAUUUGCAUCAGUUAAAUCACUAGAAAAAUAUCAUGUCCUAUGCAAGAUCUUUCAAUUGCUGUGCAUACAGUUUAAUGUAUGGAAAUGUGUAAUUGCUUCAUAUAAGCAGAUAUAAACAUCUGCUUCAGAAAAAGUGAAGUAUUGCAGUCAAGAGCAUUACUGCUGCAAAAAUGCUCCAACCAGUGGCUUUUCAGAUUAAUUCUAAAAAUCCUUUUGACUUACCAUUCUCUUUUAAGCUCUUAUACUUCCAUGUUUAUAUUUUUAUGUAUUGGCUAAACUUACACUUUUUUUUUUUAUGUCAUUAGAUUGUGUGUGAUGCUAUUUCAUUUUAUUGGAUUGAAAGUAGAAUCCCAGACUCUUCAGCACCAGACAACUAAAAUACUUUUAUUGAUUAAAAGGCCAUAUUAGCCUGUUCAGUGGUUAGAACAGAUAAAUGUGUGUUGUGGUUUAACCCCAGCUGGCAAGUAAACACCACACAGCCAUUCACUCACCCCUCCUCACUGAGGGAGGAUCAGAAGGACAAAGGUGAGAAAGUUGGGGGUUGAGAUAAAAACAGCUUAAUAAUGGAAAGAUGGUUUAAAAAAUAUUGUAAAGAAAAUGAAAAAAUAAAAAAAAAACCAAAAUCAAAAGAGAGUUUGGUCCCAAAUCCAAAACGCCAGCUACUGUGAAGAAUUUAACUCUAUCCCAGACACAACCAGUACACUGCUUUUCCAUUUUUUUGGGUUUUGGUUGCAGAAUACGGUGUAGGUGAACAUAAACAUCCCAAUUAAGCUACACUCUGUAAUUUAAGAAAGUAAUGCUACUAAACAUUUUGUAUAAAUACUUACUAUAGCAAAAAAAAACCAAAAUAAAAACAAAGAAAAAAAAAGCCUCUGAAAGGAAUAGAAAUGCAUGGUUUAAUUCCAGAAGAAAUUUAGUAUUUUUAGUUUUGUCUGGACUAGAACACUAUAAUUUUUUUGCAUGUUUUUUUAAAUUACUUAAAUCCAGUAUGUCAGGCUUAUGGAUAAAAGUUUGCACUGUGAAUCUGAUUGAUUUUAAUGCUUCCCCUAGGGUGACCUUCACAGAAACUCCUGAAGGCUUCAAAGAACCCAUUUUAGGCAAAAUAAAGGAAAUAAGUUGUUCUGAUAAAGUAAAAUGGAUCCUUGUUCAGUUGGGGCUCAGCUUCAAGCUACCAACGAAUGCCACAAGACCUACUACACCCGUCACACUGGCUUCAAGACUAAACAGGAUAUAUCUUCAUCUGACCUCCUGCUGCUGCAGCUUAGGACUGGCAUAACUCUGUCAGAGAGCAACACAAUCUGCUUCCACCAUGCAAAAAUUUACAUUGAGAGAUUUGAAGACUUACAAAAAUCCUGUUGUGAUCCCUUUAACAUCCACAGAAAACUAUCCAAGAAAAACCUGCGAGCAAUUGACUUAGAUGAUGCAGCUUUUCUGAGUGCCAAGUUUGGAAGGCAGUUUGUUCCUGGUUGGAAGCUUUGUCCCAAAUGCAUGCAGAUAAUAAAUGGAACUGUGGAUGUGGAACCUGAGGAGCGACAAAGGAGAAAACUGGAUCCAGAUGGGCGUACAGCUAAGGCUUUAAAGUCACUCCAGUUUGCUAACCCAGGACGGCAGACUGAGUUCACUCCAGAGACCAGUAAAAGGGAAAAGAGAAGGCUGCAAACAAAAAUAUCAAUGUUUAAUUCAGACAGGCAGGUGAUCCCAGCCAAGAGCAAGGUGUAUGACAGCCAGGGCCUGCUGCUGUACAGUGGGAUGGACCUGUGUGACUGCCUGGACGAGGACUGCCUGGGCUGCUUCUACGCCUGCCCCAAGUGCGGCUCCAACAAGUGCGGCACCGAGUGCCGCUGCGACCGCAAGUGGCUCUACGAGCAGAUCGAGAUCGAGGGGGGAGAGAUCAUCAGGAACAAGCACGUGGGCUAGUGUGUGUGUGCACAGCCUCAGCUGCCUGUGCUCCCUGCUUUGCCACCACACAGCACAGGCAGUGCCCAGCAGUGGCGUGGCAGCUGUGGGAACUUGUCACCGCCCGCUCUCGGUGUGACUGGGGACACGGCCCUACUGCUGCUUGUCACACUUGAGUUACAUUGUGCUAAGGCUUCAGGUAAGAUCUCACUGAACAGCUGUCUUCAAGUGCAGAAUGCUAAAUUCUAAUGCAAACUGUCCUGAGCCACUCACUGUUCUUUCAUACAUUGUUUCAUAGAAUGAACCAUCUCCAUGUAUCCCUCGUUUCUCCUCAAAUCCAGGAUCUCCAUCUGUUGUAUGUGAAAUGCUAUGAAAGUUCUCAUUGAAUUUACAUGCAGUAUUAGUAAAGGUCUCUUUCUAGUAUUAAUAGUGAAUGCUGUAUCUUCUACAGAGUAUUGAAGCUACAUCUGAUCAAUCCAAUCCUGUUCACUUUAAAAGGAGUCAAAAGCAUUUAGGUGUUCAGAUCUCAUCCCAGUUGCUGGGAUUUGAGAUCAGGUUAUCCUUACGAAUUCAUAAGAAUAUUAAUUCAUAUUCAAAUACUGAAAUUAGCCUGUCAAGGCAUUGUGAUUACUUUGUUGGUUUCUGUAGAACAAAAUUAAAAUAAUUUUGCUCUGUUAUCAGUCUGUAAUUGGACUGAACCAGUAUUUCAACAGCCUGUUUCAACCCUGUUUCAACCCUGUUUUUUUCACUUUACUGGUUUUAAAGGUUUCUAUGCAGCUGAAAUGAACAUGAAUGUCUGUUUCCAAAGCAAGGUUAUCUAGACUGUUACCAAAAAAACCCAGAUGAAUGGGAAGUACCUUUGGUUGAUACAUUAUCUGUCCUCAUAAUAUUAAACUUUUACUCUCUUACAAGGGUUAUUGAAAAGAUUUUAUAAAUGAAGUCUUAGUAACAUUUUUUUCUUUGCAUUUUUGUUGUGUUUUGUAUAAAUUUCCUGUUCUUCGGUGACUUGGAAGCUCUGCGUGUUUGUUGGGUCACAUUUUUUCAAUGAUACUGUUAACUUCUUGAAGAUUUACUUGGGAAAGUUGUAUAUUCUUGCUGUGUGCUCAGCAGAUUUUUUUUUCUGUUCUGGUGUCAUGAAUGUUGCAUUGCCAAAAUCCAAAG